UUUGGAAGAACCCUGGAUACAUCCGGUUCCGCCCUGCGCCAUUUUGAUGAAACAGCGAGGAGAGAACAGAGGCAGUUUGGAUCACCGAAAUGGAUUUUAUGGAUUUAAAUUGAAGAUGAAUGUGGAUACACAACUUUCAACGUUUCGUGAUGAAAGAUAAGCGCGUACUGAAGAGGAACAUUUGCGCCCUGACUGCCUAGCUGGUGGAUUUGUUAGAUUAUUCGACAGCUAACGUGGGCAACAUUAUUAGCCUAGCGCCGUUAGCUUUUGUUAGGGAAGAAGUGUUUUCAUGUUGAGUGGCGAGGUGCAGCAUGUUAGCCUUGGCAUUAGCUUACUAGCUAAUAUAACAUUUACACGGUAUAUUACGUUUUCGGAAUAAUCUUUUCUAGGUCCAACAGCGAUAACGUAACAUCUGUGGACUCGUGGCGGAAGCUUUCAAGGAGAUUUGUGGACUGUUUGUGGAGCUCGGUACAGUUUGUCUUGACUUGACAAAUAAGGACUGUCCCCAAAAGGCAACACAUUCGAGGACUGAUGCUCGUGAAACCCCAGGCCCGCUGUUAGCUGCACUAGCGGCUUGUAGCGCGGCGGCCCGGGCUUUCCACCAAAGACAAUUCACUACGGACUUGGCCUCAUUCAAAUCCCUGUGAUAGAUUUACUUUGUGCUUCUGCAUGGACUCUCUUGGAUUUGCUGGCACCCUGUUAUGUUUUAUUGGACAUUAAAGAACUGACGAGGCACACGGCGCCUCUCAAUGGCGCUCUUGUCUCACAUCUCGAUUAUUUUUCUUUGGCAAUAACAAGGACUCCUUUCGUCAUCUGCGAGCUGAACCCUUACCCUAUUUUAGUACUUUCUUUGUCUACAUUGUUUCAGCGAAUAUAAAGAAGGUUUACCUAUUAAAGUCACCAGAUUUAGCUGUGUUCAGUGUUGACGCUGUUUUAUUUUGUUAUCAUAUCAGGCCUGUGUUUUUUUUUUUUCUUGUGCUUGAUUGACCUAAGUGCUUAGACCUGUUAAAAUGUCGUGUGUUCACUAUAAGUUUUCUUCCAAACUGGACUACAACACAGUUACUUUCGAUGGGCUGCAUAUCACCCUCAACGAGCUUAAAAGGCAGAUUAUGGCCCGAGAGCGCCUCAAGGCCACAGACUGCGACCUGCAGAUCACCAAUGCGCAGACUCGAGAAGAAUACACAGAUGAUGAGGCCCACAUCCCAAAACACUCGUCCGUGAUCGUCCGCCGCACUCCGCUUGGAGGAGUAAAACCUGCUGGCAGGACGUUCAUUGUAGAUCGUUCUGACACAGCUGUGGUGGGAUCUUCUAGACCCACUGACUCUUCUCCAUCUAUGUCCCUCGCCCAACUCGCCAAGACUGCUAACCUGGUUGACGCAAAUGCAUCAGAGGAGGACAAGAUUAAAGCCAUGAUGUCUCAGUCCAAUCAUGAAUAUGACCCGAUAUAUUACUCCAAGAAAGCAGUGGGACCUCCACCUGCUCACUAUACCUGCUUUCGCUGUGGAAAGGCUGGUCACUACAUCCGGCAAUGCCCCUUGCUAAUGGUCCAGGAUAAGAGUGUAGAGGGUCCCAAGCCAGUAAGGAUUAGUAAGGGCAUUCCUCAGAGCUUCAUGGUUAAAGCAGAGCCAGGCACCAAGGGAGCCAUGUUAACCAGCACUGGAGAAUACGCUAUACCUGCAAUAGAUGCGGAGGCAUAUGCACAAGGAAAGAAGGAGCGCCCUCCGUUUGUUCCACAUGACCAGUCGUCAUCUGAGGAUGAUACAGACCCAAUCCCUGAUGAACUCUUGUGUCCAAUCUGCAAUGACCUGAUGACAGAUGCUGUAGUUAUACCCUGCUGUGGAAACAGCUACUGCGACGACUGUAUCAGGACUACCUUGUUGGACUCAGAGGAGCACAUCUGCUUCACAUGCAAACAGUCAGAUGUUUCACCUGAUAAUCUCAUUGCCAACAAGUUUCUUCGACAGGCUGUGAACAACUUUAAGAAUGAGACAGGAUACACCAAACAUGUGCGCAAGCAAGUCCAAAAUGCAGCCCCGCCUCCACCGCGCCCUCAGUUGGUCAGGCCACUGCACUCAAGACAGCAGGACCCACUGCUGGCAAAUAUCACUCACCCUCCUCCUACAAGCGCACCCUCUCCUGCCCCUCAAGCACAGGUCCCGGCCCCUGCCCCUGCCCCUGCUCCUGCUCCUGCUCCUGCUCCUGCCCCUGCCCCUGCCCCUACCCCUACUCCUGCCCCUGCUCCUCCGCAAGCUCCUGCUGCUCCUUCUGCUUCUACCCCUCCUCAUGCUGCUGCUGUUGACGAACACGAUGAUUCACCAGCCCCUGCACCUGCUGUUGGCCACCAUUCUCCUAUGCAAUCCAACAGCCACGGUGAACCCCCCCCACCAGGUGAGACCGAUCCAGAACCUACUGUGACACCAGACUCAUCAGGAACCUCAGAAAGUGGAUUACAGAACUACCAUUUAACUGUUAUUGGCCACCCGCCACCUAUAAGGCCGCCUCAUCCACCAGGUCACCAGUCACAGCCACAGCCCUCUCACAGAGGUGGAGGCAGACCCUGGGACAGGUUUUACAGAGGUAGAGGAGAGCACCCAUCCACUCACCUUCAGAGAGCUCCACCUCCUGCACCUGUCCCUCCAGUGUACCCGGCGCCGUCCAUGUACCCGCCCCCACCACAGUCCUACCCUCCUCCUCCGUACACCUCUGGCCCUGGACUUAUGCCUCCUGUCAUGGGUUACCAACCCCAGCCGGUUUAUGCCCCUGGUCCACCAGGGCUCAACCCUCCCUGGGUUGCCCCCGGUACCCAGCCCCCACUUGUCCCUCUACCCCCCCUUGCUCAGCCCCCUCUCUCUAAGGAAGAUUUCUACAGACAGCGGCACCACCGACAGGACAAAGUUACAUCUAAACUGGAUGAAUUUACUAAAGACUUCCACAAAGAGCUCAUGAAGUACAGAAAUGCACCAAAGAGACGAAGACCGUCUUAUUCAAGAUCCCGGUCAUACAGUCGCUCUCCAUUCAGCCGCUCUCCUUACUCGCGCUCUAGAUCCAGAUCAAGAUCCAGGUCUUACUCUUAUUCUCCCAGUCGAUCUCGCUCCCGGUCGCGCUCCCAUGGCCGGUUUUAUCCCCGCUCUCCUUAUUCUAGACGCAAUGGACGCAGUUACGGCCGCUCCCGGACAAGGUCCCGCUCUCGUUCAAGGUCUUAUGGGUAUCGGCGUUCUGGCACACCGCGGUCUCCUCCCCCCUACCGGCCAGGAGCCUGGGAGGGAGCGGAAGGCGCGGGACCCUACAGGUCUCGGUCCCGGUCUCGGUCCCCUGGCCCUGGUGGCUUCCGGACCCGCAGCCCAGGUGGACGAAAGCCGCCUCCACGUGAGCUCCCACCUUAUGAACUGAAGGGUUCAAGUCCUGGAGGCAACGAGCGCUGGGAAAGAGAGAGAUAUCGGCAGUGGGAGAAGGAGUAUGCAGACUGGUACAACAAGUACUACAAAGACUAUGACAACCAACAUCCCCAUCCCCAUCCCCCGCUUCAUCACAGAGGUCACGGCAGCAGAGACAGGGAGAGGGACAGAAUGUCCCCGUUACCGAGAGAUUACUCCCCCCAGGGGAGAGGGAGAAGAGGGAGAGAGGAGAGAGGUGCUCCCCCUCACCAUCCCCCAUCCUCUUCAUCAGGGACCAAGUCUAGCACUAAAGUCCUGAAGACAAAGAAAGUAAAAAAGAAGAGGUCUGGGGAGGAAUCAGAGUCAUCGCAUCAGUCAGUAGACAGAGGUGACGCUACUCCCGUCAGAGACGAACCAAUGGACGAAAUCCCUUCACUUGUUACAACUCCUCCCGUGUCCUCAAAGGCUUCGCUUGGAGCCGCCACCUCCAAGGCUCCAGCCUCUAAAAGCAGCGCUGCGCCCGUUAAAACCUCAACUAAGUCAACAUCGAAGACUCCGUCUGAUAAGACAAAGAAAGAGAAGAGUCAAAAGGUAAAAGCCAGAGUUAAGACGGAGGCUGUGAAGGUAAAGACCGACAGGGUGAAGAAAAAGACUGGGGAAGGAGUGGUGACCAAAAAAGACUCCUCAUCCUCCUCCUCCUCCUCUGCCACAAAACCGUUAAAGACCAUUAAAACCAAACCUGAAGAUGCCCCCAACUCAACUACCCCUAAAAAGGAGAAGGGUAAAAGCUCUGCAGUGAGGCCUGCCCUGCUUAAGACCCCGCCGCUGUCCUCCCAGAACCUCUCUCUACAUCAUGCCUCUCUUCAUGACGGCCCUCGACCCGGCCACGACAUGAGGGGGAGAAGAGAUCUUCCACAGGGUUGUGGUCUCCUUCCCCUCCCCCAUCAACACGCCCUCCUCCACCGACCCCCCUCCCCGGACAGUCGGAGGAGGAUGGGAGAGGAGGGACGCUGCUUACUCGGACCUCCGCCUGGAAAGCUGAGGAGAAUAGAUGGGCUAGGGGGUGGAGGGGAUCUCAUCUCCCACUCUCACAUGUCUCAUCAGCCCCCGCUCCACAGACUCCCACCCGCCUCAGACAGGCCUGGUCUUCUUCCUCUACCAGGGAGCCGUGAGAUGGGCCGUGGAGACGCAGAACGAGGAUCCAUCAGACCUCUAAUGGACCUUCAGGUGAAGCCCCUGGCCCAGAGGAGGAUCAAGUUGAACAGAGAUCUGGGGAGAAAAGGCAGCACUGAGACGGCAGUUUCGGACAGAGCACCGUCGGGUCCUGAAAAGACGAUCUCCACCUCGGACCGAUCAGCAGCCGCUAACAUCUGUGAAGGAGACCGACCCAGCAGUACAGCAGAAGGUUCUGGACGAAAAGAGCGGGCAGCAUCUGCUGAGAGGGGAGUCUCCAGAGAGAGACCAGGAAGUGCUGGAGACAGACUGCAGGGCUCCGACCGAGAACAGAGCAGAAGCUCAGGACUGGACAGAGAGCGAGACAGGGCUUCAGGAUCAGACCGAGACCGAGGCGUCGCGUCUGACAGACAGAGGGACAGGGUCUCAGGCUCGCAGAAGAUAGCAGUCACAGUGGAGAGAGACCCUGAAGGAGAGAGGUCCGUGAGGAGAGAGCGAAAAAACUCCAGUGGUGGAAGUGCAGGAGGGAGGUCUGUCUCUCUGGAUAAAAUGACCAUCGCAGAGAAAACCGCCAUCUCCAGGAGCGUGACAGACCCUCAGGAGAAGCCAAGCACAUCGUCUAAGGAGAGAGGCGAAGGGUCAGAACGAUCUGCUAAAUCUGACAGGAGUGUUUCCAAGGACAGAACAGAGAGGAGUGCCCCCUCAGGAGAGAAACCACUUGCUGCUCACAGAGAAGCAGUGAAAGGUGGCGAGGAGUCUGUUGUGAAGAGCAAACCCAGGAUCAGCCGAAAGGCUCUGACGAGCCACACCGUGAGCUCCACCAGCACUAGGUCAACUCAAGAAACAAAGCGAGACUCAGACAAAGAUCAGAAGAGUGUAUCCUCCAAACCCGCAGAGCAGCCCCCAUCGAGCCCCGCGAACAGCCGUGGCCGCAGCCCGAGCAUCAGCCCAACAGCCAGCCCGGCCAGGGAGGAGCCGCUCAUUCAGCCUCCUCCUCGCUCCAAGUGGGAGAGAGAAGAUGACGAGGAAGGCCAGGAAAACGGACUUAGUGCACCCAAAGACCCGUCACCGGUGCCACAGAGGGGCCGAGGCAGAGAGGGGCAGACUGAAGCGCCUAAACCUGCCAGGGGUGAAGGCCGCGAUGCUACAAGGGAAGAGAGGAGAGGAGUAGUGAGAGAAGAGAAAAAAGGGAAAGCACCUAGGGAAGAGGGUAAAGGUGGCAGGACAGCACAGACAAAUUCUGACAAACCAACCAAAUCCAAACUCGUGAGAGAGGAGGGGAGAGGAGGAGGAGGAGGAGGAGGAGGAGGAAGAGAUGAGGGCCGAGGAGUGACAGGGAAGGAGGAGAGAGGUGCAGAAGGCAGAGUUGGAGGAGGACGAGAGGAGAGUCGCGGCCCAGAGCCCAGGAGACAGCGUUUGUGUUCGGACCUGGGUCGUGAGACCGACGAGGCAGCCUUUGUGCCCGACUACAGCGAAGGCGAGGGCUCGGAGCCGGACAGAGGAAGAAGUGGCAGCCCCAGUCCGUCCCAAAGCCAGCCCUCCAGCCCCAGCCAGAGCAACCACAGUGGCGCGGCGGACAAGAAGAAGAAGAAACACAAGAAACAUAAAAAACACAAGAAGCACAAGAAGCACAGCACCCAUGACAAAGAAGGAGAACAAAAGGACCACAAGCACAAACACAAGAAAAAGAAACACAAAAAGGGCAAAGACAAAGAUGUGGAGGUAGAAGAGGAGCCGAUGGAGAAAGCAGAGGAAGGGACUCCAUGCUAACGGGGGGCUAAGUUAAGACUGCUGCCCAAAAUCUGUAACCUUCUUUGUUGAUAAGGAGAUAAUGGUUGUAUCUAAAACAUAUUGGCUAACACUGGCAUGCUGCUUCAUGUGCCAGGGAAUAGAUGAAACAAGUCUUUGGCUGUCCGUGAAACUGGAGGGCUGUCUGGCUGCUAUUCACUUAAUGUCACCGCAGGUCCUCAAACUUACUUACGGUACUUUGUCGUGCUUGGAUUGCAGCAUUACGACCGCUGCUAAGGUUUCUUUCAUAUUCAAUGUGAGCCUCUUCCUUGUGACUUUGGGUCAGGAAAUACUCUGAAGAGAUGCUGCGCUGCACUAUUGUGAUCAACCUAGAGCCGGCCAGGAAGGACUUGAUGACGAUAACUGAUCACAUGGCAGUGAAUCUAAAUGAUAGGAAUAACCAACACUGUACUCAGGGAUGUGAUUGCUUCUUUGUAGAGGAGAAUUGCUGUUUCUCUGCCUCUGACUCAUUUGUAAGUAGAGAUGAACUGUUGCUUCACAUAAUAAUAAUAAUUUUCGCUCGUUUUGUUUUGCUCACAUCCCUGUGUGCUGUUCCAGGCUUAAAUGCUGAAUAACCUUGCUAUGAGGGCCGUUGUAAGCUCUUUUUUUUUUUUAAAGGACUGUACUAGCGGUUUUGCAUGUUUAGCACAUUAAGUACAAAUAAUUUAUACUUUCCAUUACUGCUAACCAUUCUCAACAUGUAUAAUCUCAUUUUUCAGCCAUUGGUUUCAAAUCAUGCCAAUUAUGUUUUAAAUUCAUGUAAAUUUAACGUUAAGGCAGCCAAAUGUUCUUGGAUAGGUUACCCAUCUAUGCAAGGUUAAAUAGCUGAGAGGUGAUUUUCUUACCAAACUUAAUAUGAAUGAAAUCCAGUAGUUUGUUUUGGAAAUGGUGAGCGUUAUAGUAUUUGUGAUUAAUGUGCUAAAACUUGCAGAAUCACCAGUAUGUUCCUUAAGUUAAAACAAACUUUAUGUAUCCAUGCUACACUGGAUUGUAUAAAUCUAGGUUGUGUUAAUUAACGAAUCAGUCGGCAUGUUUUUGUUCCAAAGGUGCAGUAGCUGUCUCACGUCUGAGUGACUGUGUGUGUGUUGGUGUGAAAGUAAAAUGUGACAGAAGUGGGACAAAUUGGAGGACUGGUGUUCUUAUAAAUGAGUUAUUCCUUCUUUUUUUUUUAAUUAAAAUGUUUUGACCUCA